AGCGGGCAGGGAACUGGGAACGCCGGCGGGAGCUCUCUCAGCCCCCGAGCCGGAGGGGAAGCCGACCGGCCCCCGCACACUGCGGAGGGAGGCGCGGGCGGCCAUCGCCGCUUCCCGCCGGCCCGGCUGAGGCGGCUUCUCCACGCGGCCCCACCGCGGCCGCCAUUUUACACGGUGCUGGCGGCGGGAGGCGCUGUCGGUGAGGUGGGAGCGGCGCUCGCAGGUUCUGCUUCCUCAGUGAAGGGAGAGGAAGCCUGACUCUGAGGGGCUCGCAGAGCCCGGGAAGGAGUGCAAGUGAGCUGGGGAUGUCCUCUGAAUCUUUGGGGCACCGGAACCAGGGCCGGGAGUGCGCAGUCGCGGGUUGUUUGGGCCAGUACUCCGGAAGGUUGCGAGCUUCACCUUGUGCCCCGGGAGAGAGCACUGAGGUGAUCUGAGGAAAGGACUUGGCUUAGGAGGAGGGUGAAAAGUAAAGGGGCUUCAAAAAACAAACCUGUUAACAUUAAGGAAUUGGGUCUGUACUCCAGUUAUCCAGGUUCAGUUGUAUUCCAGUUUUACAGUUGCUUGUGCUACCCUUUGCAAAUUAAGAGACUUCACAUUUGAUCUAAAAAUGUUCAACUCUGCAGACAUGGUCUUUCCACUGGAAAAUUUAUUUUAUGAAAGACCAGAUAUGAGACAAAGGUAUCUAGAAAAUGAAGAGCCUAAGACUUGGUUUAUUGCACCUGCUCCAGCUAUUGCUGAAAUUCCAGCUGCAGAGGAGUUACAGAGGGAACUGGAAAAAAAGUCAGCCAACACUCAUAUGGGAGGGAAAAAGCGCCAGAUGUUUAUACAACAAUGUAAGAGUAACACUGAAAAAGUAGAAGACAAAUCACCAGCACCUGUUCCUUUUGGCAUAGCCUCUGAAAAAGAAGUGCUACAAUUAAGUCUAGGAGAAAGAGAGAAAAUUAGUUUUCAGCAUGAAAGUCUGAAAAUAGUUUCAUCAUUUCUCUCUUCUGAUGAAGAUAAAUCUAAAAGAGGAAUAGAGUUUUCUCAGCAACCUGGUGCAAAUUUUUCACAAAAUAAAGUGUUAAGUAAUUUUCCGGAAAACAGUGAUGAUGAGAGUGUCCAUUCAAUGUUAAGAAAAAGCUUAUUUAAAAAGUCUGGUUAUACAUACAAAAAUGCAGAAUUUAAAGCUAGUUCUGUUGAUGUGAAAGAAAUUGAUGCUUGCUUAAAUACAAGUGAAAACGUGCAAGAAGUGAGAAAAGAAAGUUUAUGGAAAAAUAAUCAUCAUGCUCCAAUAACUAAAGACUCAGAUUUUACUUUGCAUAGGGUAAAUAAUGAGGACACUGUGUCUGAAAAUGGAAUUACAUUUCAAUCAUUUUCUAAUGCUUCAGAGAUUCUGGAUAUGACAGGAACUACAGAAAGAAAAUUGGAAAUUUUGAGGGCUGUUACAGAAAUACCAACCCAAUUUAGAAGUAUUUUUAAGGAGUUCCCAUAUUUUAACUAUGCACAGUCUAAAGCUUUGGAUGAUCUUUUAUAUACAGAUAAGAACUUUGUGAUUUGUGCUCCGACUGGCUCUGGAAAAACUGUAAUGUUCGAGCUAGCUAUUACCAGAUUACUCAUGGAAGCCCCACUGCCUUGGUUAAAUAUUAAAGUUGUUUACAUGGCUCCAAUAAAAGCUUUAUGCAGUCAGCGUUUUGAGGAUUGGAAAGAAAAAUUUGGACCUAUUGGACUCACCUGCAAGGAGCUGACAGGAGAUACACUGAUGGAUGAUUUAUUUGAAAUACAUCAUGCUGAUAUUAUUAUCACUACACCUGAAAAAUGGGAUAGCAUGACUAGAAGAUGGAGAGACAAUUCUAUAGUCCAGCUUGUACGACUGUUUCUCAUUGAUGAGGUUCACGUUAUAAAAGAUGAAAGCCGUGGCGCAACAUUAGAAGUUGUGGUCAGUCGGAUGAAGACUAUUCAGUCUUCUCUUUGGCAUCUGUUAGAGAAGCAUGACACUAUUCCUCCCUUGAGAUUUGUAGCUGUUUCUGCAACAAUCCCAAACACUGAAGAUAUUGCGGAAUGGCUUUCAGACAGCAAGGUGCCUGCUGUAUGUCUGAAAAUAGAUGAGGAUCAACGACCAGUGAAGCUACGCAAAAUUGUUCUUGGUUUUCCUUGCAGUGACAAUCAGACAGAAUUCAAAUUUGACUUAACUCUUAACUACAAGAUAGCUAGUAUUAUACAAACAUACUCAGAACAAAAACCAGCACUUGUGUUUUGUGCCACAAGAAAAGGAGUACAGCAGGCUGCUUCUGUUCUUGCAAAAGAUGCUAAAUUUCUACUGAGUAUAGAACAGAAACAAAGAUUACAGAGGUUUGCAAAUUCAUUGAAAGACUCCAAACUGAGAGAUCUUUUAAUGUGUGGUGUGGCUUAUCAUCAUGCGGGUAUGGAAAUCUCUGACAGAAAAGUAAUUGAAGGGGCUUUUACUGCGGGAGACUUGCCAGUUCUUUUUACUACCAGCACCUUAGCUAUGGGAGUCAAUCUACCUGCACACCUGGUGGUUAUAAAAUCCACAAUGCACUAUGUUGGAGGAGUGUUUCAAGAGUACAGUGAAACUGAUAUUCUGCAAAUGAUUGGGAGAGCUGGAAGGCCUCAGUUUGACACUACAGCUACAGCAGUUAUUAUGACUCGUUGGAGCACAAGGCAGAGGUAUAUUCAGAUGUUAAAUGGUGCUGAUAUAAUAGAGAGCAGCUUGCACAGGCAUCUUGUUGAGCACUUAAAUGCAGAAAUAGUGCUACACACUGUCACAGAUGUCACUGUAGCUUUGGAGUGGAUACGAUCAACCUUCUUGUACAUUAGAGCCUUAAAAAAUCCAACUCAUUAUGGUUUUUCACCUGGAUUGGAUAAAAUUGGAAUUGAAGCAAAAUUACAAGAACUGUGUCUGAAGAACUUAAAUGAUUUAUCAUCUUUUGAUUUGAUCAGGAUGGAUGAAGCAAAUAAUUUCAAACCAACAGAAACUGGAAGAUUAAUGGCGUGGUAUUAUAUUGCAUUUGAUACAGUGAAGCAAUUUUUCACAAUUAAGGGAACUGAGACUUUAAAUGAAUUGAUUACAAUGAUCUCCAACUGCACAGAAUUUCUGGAUGUCAAGUUAAGAACAAAUGAAAAGAAAAUACUGAACACUUUGAAUAAAGACAAGGACAAAGUAACUAUCAGGUUUCCAAUGGAGGGGAAGAUAAAAACAAGAGAAAUGAAAAUAAACUGUCUCAUUCAGGCUCAGCUGGGAUGUAUUCCAGUUCAAGACUUUACUUUGACACAAGAUACUGGCAGAAUAUUUAGAAAUGGCUUAAGAGUUACUAGAUGGUUAUCUGACUUUCUGGCAUCAUCUAAGAACAACUUUUCUGCUUUAUUAAACUCUUUGAUUUUAGCAAAGUGUUUCAGGUGCAGACUUUGGGAAAAUUCACUUCACGUGUCUAAACAAUUGGAAAAAAUUGGUGUGUCACUGUCAAAUGCUAUGGUAAAUGCUGGGCUGACGUCAUUUAAAAAAAUUGAAGACAUAAACGCAAGGGAACUUGAAUUGAUUUUAAACAGACAUCCUCCUUUUGGAAACCAGAUAAAAGAGUCUGUUUUGCACCUUCCAAAAUAUCAACUUGAUAUUGAACAGCUUCCAAAAUACAGCGAUACAUUGGCUGAAAUCCUAGUAACCGUCAAAUUAACAAACUAUGAGCAGCUACAGACAAAGAGAACAGCAACAGACUUUCACUAUGUUACACUGGUCAUAGGAGAUGCUGACAACCAAGUCAUUUUUAAUCAGAAAAUUAUGGAUUCUGUGCUACUGAAAAAUGGAAAUUGGACAAAGAAAAUUGAAGUGAAAAGAGCUUUUAAAUCAGAAGACAUUAGUCUAAAUUUAAUUAGUUCUGAUUAUGUUGGCUUUGAUAUACAGCAAACAUAUACAGCCUUUUACUUAACACCGAAAACAGAGGGACGUAAGGUGGCUACAAAUCGAAAACUGAAAGCUGAGUCUAGACUUGAUGUAUGUUGUGGCUCACCACAAAGUCUGCCAGCAGCAAAAGUAGAUACAGGAGGCAGAUCUAAACAAGAGAUUGCUUACAAGAAAUAUGGAAACAGAGAAUGCAACCAUCGGUGUAAAAAUAAAGAUGUGUGUGGGCAUGACUGCUGUAAAACUGGAGUACCUCCAAAAUCACAGAUGAAUGGUGACACACAGUUUUCUGUGUACCUAGCUGACUUAAGGAGCAGGAACUCAAUUUCAUCUAUACCCCCAGUAAAGCGGCUAAAGAUGCAGAUGUUAAAUCAAGCUCAAAAUGUGGAUCUCAAACAAUUUAGUUUUACACCUAAAUCUUCGUUGCCAGCACUGCCAAGGUCUAGCAAUAAACAGUUGUCUUUAUCACCUUCAGUGCACCAGGCAGAUAAUGUUAAUAGCUUAGGAGUAUCUCAGAAACAAAUGCAACCCUGGAAUUAUGGAAAGAGUAAUGCUUUGGACUUUGAAAUGAGAGAUGAUAUUUGGGAUGAUAUUGAUGAUGACAAAUUAGUAUUUGCUAGUAACUUUGUCAGUAGAGAAUUAGAACAUGGAAAUAUCUGCCUUCAAAUUGCAGAUGAGUGUGAACCCCUUUGCCAGUAUACAAGAAGCAAAGCCACAAAUACCAUGUCACAAGAUUCAUGCACAGUACAUGAUGAGACCAAUAUUCAGAACUCGGAUGUUUCUGUGGUCAAUAGCACAUCAAAAGGGAAUUUAUCUGUACAGAGUAGAAAUAUAACUUUGUUCAGUGUUCAAGAAAAAAAUCACUCAAAUGCUUCUCAAGAGCUGAAAAACAUACAGUGUUCUCCUGUCUCAAAAAUAAUCUCAGACUCUUCUAAAUUCACUAGGAAAGAGGAUUUUUUUAUUUUCACAAAAGAACAGGAAAAAGAAGUGGAUCCCAGAUAUGUUCUUGAUGAUGAAAUCAGUGAUGUCAAGCCCUUCCUUGGAAUAUUUGAUGGCAUUUUGUAAAACAUAUAAACAAAUUACAUUGUAAGUUCUGAGAAAAAAAGCAGUUUUACAGAGUAAAGCCUUCAGUUAGGAGAAUUUGAUUUCUGUUGUGUACCUAUUUACCAAUAGCUGGAUUGCUGCAUAGAGUAGAUAAUAACAAAACUGGUGUCUAAUUUAUAGAAUUCUAGUAUAAUAUCUUAGUUUGAAAAGUACUUAAAUAUUUGUUUGUUGACCUUGCUGUUUUCAGGAUUAUAAAGAAAAAUAUUGGAAUGUGUCAAAGAAGAAGUUCAUAGACUGAGGGUGCUUUUAUAGAUAACAUUAAAUCUCAUUAGGAAAAGUAAGGGAUUUGUAGUAAUAUGUUUGUAGUAACGUGCCCUGCUUCACAAGUGCUCUUUAAGUGAAUGAAAGACACUUUCCUUGGAAAUCCAGUGCUUUUUGGGUUUUUCUUUCAGUUUCUCUAAUGCUGAAUUUUUCAUAGCACUGAUUCUGUAAAAUAAUUAGAUUUACAAAUAGAGGUAAUAGAAUGGUAAAUUAUUCUAGAUACUUGAUGUUCCUUUUGACAGUGCUAUGAACUUGUUAAUAAAAAUGUGCAACUUCAAGCAAAUGUGCUUCCAGAAUCUCAGCAAACCAGUUGUUAAAUGUCUGUACAAUAUUCUAAAGCUCUGUUUGACUGUUCACUUUCACACCUAAGGUCAUAAAAUGAUUUUUAUAAUAAUAAAUAAUAAAAGGAUAUUUAUUGUCCUAAUACAGAUUUAGGCACCAAGCAUUGGAUUUGGAUAUCUUCUUGAAGCUUUAGUGUUUGAACAGUAGGCCCUGCAAGUUCAGUAGUUAGCAGAAUAUAUAAUAUUGCCUGAAAUCCAAGAGAAUGUUAAUUUUUACUGUUAAUUAUUCAAAAUAUGUGGCAUUAAAAUGUUAAAAUGACAACAUGGAAUAUUAGCUGUCUGUUCUUGCAACAUUGUUUGUAGUGCAACCAUAUUUUGCUGCACUACUAGGCUGUAAUUUUAUCAGCCAAUAAACAUUUUACUUGACUCCA